UUGAAUCUGGAGGACAUGUGUUGCAAUAAAGAAAAGAAAAAAACCACGCCUGCCAGUUCAUCACCCCCUCCCUGGCUGAUUUGAUGAACAAACAAAUAACCAAACCAGCAGUAGCACCCGCCGAACGCAUCAAAAAUUCAACGCAAACACAACAAAACUCCCUGAAUCAGUGACAUUAUUUCUGAAUGGAAGAUUCACAAGAUGUUAGUAAUCCGACCGUUGAUAGAGAUAAUAACAACACGUGUUCAACAUCCGGUUACCGUUUAUUUGAUCGUCAGUCUUCUAUUCAUCAGUUAAUGGGCGGCGGUAAAGCGGCUGAUGUUUUAUUGUGGAAGAGGCAACGUGUUUCGUUGGGGAUCAUUAUAGUGGCAACCGUUGCGUGGCUAAUACUUGAAAGAUCGGGGUUGUCGUUUUUGACUAUUUGUUCAAAUGUUUUGUUGUUCUUGAUCGUAUUGCGGUUUCUACAUGCCAAUUAUGCUUCUAUAAGGAAUAAACCGAUACAGACAUUGCCUGAAUUGAUAUUGUCGGAGGAGAUGGUCAAUUAUGCUGCUGCUUCUUUUCGUAUCAAAGUAAACUAUUUGCUACUUAUGGCACAUGAUAUUACUCUCGGCAAGGACUUCAGGCUCUUUUUCAUGGUAGUGGGUUUUCUGUGGAUAUUAUCUGUACUUGGGAGCUUAAUCUCGUUCUUCACACUUGCAUAUAUAGGGACGAUUCUCUCAGUGACUCUACCUGCGUUGUACAAUAGAUAUGAAAAACAAGUUGAUCAUUGUGCUGGUACAAUCCACCGAAGUUUUUCAAGACAUUACAAAAUAGUGGAUGAGAAUGUUAUGAACAGACUCCCACGCAAUGUACCCAAGGACAAAAAUAUGUAACUGUACUUCCAUAGAUCCUUCCAAAAUAUGUUAUGUAGUAAACCAUGCAUUUAUUUGCAGAUCCUUGCCUGUUCCUUGAUGGGUUAAACAUCGACCCUCAUCUUUAAGUAAUGUUGAUCGACUGCAGAGAAAAAGAAGGAAAAAGUUGAACCUUUUUAAUUCAGUUCAUUUCAUCAGGGUA